GGCUUCGAAGGACAUAGAUCUCCAACUCCGCACCUCCAACAGCACACUGGAGAUCCUCCUCUCGGAGCUCCUUCCAUUUGCGUCGCCCCAAUGAACCGUCAUCAUCUCUCUCUCUCUUCAGCCUUCCAUCUGAUCUCCCCACCUUCUGGCAAUUUGUCGUCGAUCCCGCCCUCUCCUUCCGGAUCGGGGAGCUCAGCAUGUCGAUCUUGGACGAUGAAAAGUGGGAAGAGUGGUGGGGCGCUUACGUGGAACUUGGCUUCUGCUUGUUGGAGGUGGUGUUUCACUGGGCGGAGCUGGCCCCCAACGCUGAAGGGGGUGAAAUCCAAGACAACAAGGUGGAGUUGUUGAUUGCGCAGCCUUGGCGGAUGGAUAUCGAGGGAGAAUGGUUGGGGAUAUUAUUCGGCAAGGUGGAAGAAGGCCAUGUCGGCCCAAUCACGGACGAGUUGCUGGUGUUCUUGGUGCAGUUGGUGGACGAUUUACCCCUCGACAUCCUGUCGAGGUGUGACGAGGAGCCGGGGACAGAUGUGCUCACUCGCACGCUUGCGCCGCAUCUGUUGUGGUCCACGUGUACUGAGUUGGACGAGGAUAACUACCUUUACCCAUCCCAGAGCCUCUAUCUCGAGAUCGACGUCACCGAUCUCACACUGUGGGACCCUUUUGUCCGGGGAGGAAACCCGCAAGGAGCCAGUGACGAAGAAGAGGAAGAAGAAGAGGAGGAGGAGGCAGAGGAGGAAGAAUCGGGCACUGAUCCGGACGAUCCUGAUUACAUCGGGUCAAAGGAAGACAAAGAGGAAACCGGUCUCCGGGAGUUCUUGGUAACGAACAAUGCGGUGAAAGCGGGGGAAGCGAUUGCCAGUGCGAGGGAGGGACGCGAGAUAAUCGGGAUAGAGGGUAGUGAGAGUCCGGAAAAGUGCCGCGCGGAAAUGAUCGCGAUCUUCGCAUGCGGGGAUGGUCCCCGUUAUUACGCAGUAAACCUCGAUCAUGUUGUGGCCUCGCCACACGGCACUAAGGAGCAGGACAUGGAGGCAGAAGGCUGGGACAGCGCAUCGAAUGGAGGGGUGGGGAUGCACCACUAUAGCGAGGCGAGCCGCGUAGAAGUGGCGGAAGGUGUCGCGGGGAAACAGAUUGGAGGGGAACGUGAUGGGGGUAGUGAGCUGGCGGAGGGUGAGGUAGUCAAGGGGACGGCAAAAGAGUAAUCGGGGACGAAGGCCGAUCGCCCGUAUCGGUACGUCGGCGAACUAG